AUUGUAUGAACAAAUCCUUUUUAAUAAUUAAAAACUCUUUUUUUUUUUAGUUCCUUUCUUUUCACGUAUAAAAACCAAUCCCAUCAACAACUGAUCAUUCUCUUCAUGUUUUUUUCUUUCUGUUGGGUCCAAGAAAAUGUCUCCUCUCUUUCCCUCUCAUUUCUUGGCUUAUCCAUUUUUUCAUUCUAUAAAUGCUUCAAAAAAGUUAUAAAUUGCAGAAGAUAAAAGAAAGAUAGGGUGGACCAAAAAAAAAAAAAAAAGAGAGAAAUGGAAGCAGGGUCUAUAGGAGUAGGAUUCAUGGCAGUCUUUGCAAUUUCAGGAAGUGUAGUCUUCAUUGCCCGUGAAGCCCAUAAACGUCUCCUCUCAGAUUUCAUGAAGAAGAUUGAAUUUGAAUUGGGCGGAACUGGAAAAUGUAAAGUAAAGAAAAGGGUUCGUUUUGCUGAUGAUGUGAUGGAACCAUCAUCAAAUAACAAAGAAUACAGGAAGAGAAAUCCUGGCUUCAGCCUGGCAAAGCAGGCUAAAGUUGGAGAUCAUGAUCAUGAUCGUCAACAGGUCCUGAAAAUUUCUGAUUCCAUGCCUCUCAACAGGCAAGUUUUGUAUAAAGGGAUUCUUAAAUAUAAAACCCUUAAAACUCCUCGUAUUUGAAAACUUCUUCUAGCAUUUUUUUUUCAUAACCCAAAGUUUUGAUUUUAAUUACCUGUCUAGGAAAAAGGGAACGGGGAAAGUUCUCCUUUCUUUGUAUGUACAGUUUCUUUUUUUUUUUCCUUUGGUGUGUUUCAUGCUUGAUUUGUAUUUGUAUUAUGCACAGAAUUUCUCUUAAUACAAAAAGGUUUUGGUUUUAAUCUUAAUCAUUGGGUUGAUGAAGUGGAAAUUAAUGAUAGAAAUUCUAUUGUUUCUUUGACUAAAACUUGAAUCUUGGGGGAGAUAUUAAU